UGCUCUUGUAAACUAUCCUUUAUUCAGGAAGCUUUAAAGCAGAAUAGACUUUUAUACGAAUUUUGUUUUUACUGCUGAAUCAUCAACAGGUGGCACCCACUGCAGCUCUGCACACCUAAAUGCAAGUUUUUACCGAGAGGACAGUGGAAGUUGCCACAUCCAUUACGUGUGCACCCAGCAAGGAGCAGCCUGCUGCUGUCUGGAGGGAAAUCAGCCCGGGAGAAAUGGAAUUAAGGUCCAAGGAUGUUCAUUGAUUAUUAAAAGAAAACAAAUGGAGCUAAAAUUCCACUGCCUUCCAACUGGCAUGAAGAAACACUGUUGCUGAAAAGCUUUUAUUAAAGAGACCCAAGUACCACCAUGGUAAAAUGAUUCCUACAUGAUCUUAAGGCACACAAGAAUUGCAAAUUCUCUCAUUUAGAAUGUAUAUAGUAUCCUGUAAAACAAAUUAAGACAUUCAGUAUUUGUAGUGUUAUAUUUCAGUCAGUUUUAAUUAAUGUGACUUUUAAAGCAUUUUAAUUUCCUAUACAAAAAUCUGUAUUUUUUCAAAUCCAAUCAAAAAUGCUUACUAGGAAUUCAGUUAAAACCGAACAAAAAUCUGAUUUUUUUGGUAUUGCCACCAAACCGUGAGCACUAAUAUCUUUUCUGCAGAUAUUUUAACCAUGGAAACUUAUUCUGCCUCAGUAUCACCUGUUAUAUGUAACAGCACAACUUUUAACCUGAAUGGAUCCCAUCUGUGUAACGAAAGCAUAUCCUCUAGAUUAGCAGAUAAAUCAGAACACCAACAAUAUGUUAUUGGCCUUUUCUUAUCAUGUCUUUACACAAUAUUCCUUUUUCCUAUCGGUUUUGUGGGAAACAUUCUGAUACUGGUUGUCAACAUUAGCUUUCGGGAAAAAAUGACAAUCCCAGACCUUUACUUCAUAAACCUGGCAGUGGCUGAUCUCAUUCUAGUGGCUGAUUCUCUCAUUGAGGUGUUUAAUCUUGACGAGAAGUAUUACGAUAUCACCAUCAUUUGUACCUUUAUGUCUUUGUUCCUUCAGAUCAACAUGUAUAGCAGCAUUUUCUUUCUGACAUGGAUGAGUUUUGACAGAUACCUAGCACUGGCCAAAGUAAUGAGGUCCAACCUAUUUCGCACUAUGCACCACGCUAGACUGAGCUGUGGGCUCAUAUGGAUGGCAUCCAUUUCAGCAGCUCUAGUCCCAUUCACAGCCGUGCACUUACAACACACCGGAGAGGUCUAUUUUUGUUUUGCAGAUGUAAAAGAAAUCCAGUGGCUAGAGAUAACCCUGGGGUUUAUUAUCCCCUUUGUGAUCAUCGGUCUGUGUUACUCAUUAAUUGUCCGAGUCCUUAUAAAAGCACACAAGCACAGGAGCCUCCGUCUGCGGCGACAGAAGGCUCUGCGCAUGAUUUUUGUUGUUGUCCUGGUUUUCUUUAUCUGCUGGCUCCCUGAAAACGUCUUCAUUAGCGUCCAGCUUCUCCAGAGGAAAAGCGAGCCCGUCUCUUCCAACAGCCCAUCCUUCAGGCAUGAUUAUCCUUUAACAGGACAUAUUGUGAACCUAGCAGCUUUUUCUAAUAGCUGCCUGAACCCCUUAAUUUACAGUUUUCUGGGGGAAACCUUCAGAGACAAACUGCGACUGUACAUUGAACAGAAAACAAAAAUGUCAACCUUGCAUCGCUUCUGUCAGGCUGCCUUAACGUCUGUCAUUCCUGACAGUAAUGAGCAAUCAGAAGUCUGAUUUAGUGUCAUUGUAUAAAACAUAUGACUGUGAAGUUGUGCAAAUAGUGAACAAAAUGCUUGCUACUAACAGAAAAAAAGUGCAUUUGUGUGUGUGUAUAUACAUAUUGUAUCGCUCUAUUGAGUAUUGAAGGUUUAUAUUCAAAAUGGUUUUAUGACAAGACUUUAAUGUAGAAGAAUAUGUUUUAGUCAGAUUUAUAUUUAAUUAUGAACAGGAUUAUUAAAAGCUGAGCACUGAAGAAGCUUUAUUUUGUAUUAUACAUGUAUGAAUGACAAUAUAAGAGAAAAUUUUAUCAAGUUAGGAAGACUCUAGAUGUAAUCUGAUUAUCAGAGAUGAUACUUUGCUGGUGUUUAUAAGGUACUUCCACUGAAAUAAUGAAGCUGCCGUAACAGUGAGGAAAAAUCAUUACAACAUAUUGAUGUGGAGAUGCAGAAAACAUUGAUUUUUUUUCACCCAAACAUGUUAAGAUGAAUUACUUUGCUUACAAGAACUACAUGGUACUAUCGUCACUGUAUUCAAGCAUGUCUUCCAUGAUUAAGUUUUUAAUCUUAAUAUAAUCAAGCACAGUGAUGAGGUUUUGUCUACUAAAUGUAAUCUACUGUUUACAUCAGUACUUGAUCAAAACCAAAAUCAUCUGU